AAAUUCAAAAUUAAAUGCCGUGCUGUGGCAGCCCCAAUAGCAAACCCCAAUGCUUACCGACGGCGUCUUCUCGUGCCAGUUCGAGGUAUAUGGCAGGGUCCAAGGUGUCUAUUUUCGGCAUCAUGCCAUGAUGAAGGCCAAGACUCUGGGACUUCGGGGCUGGUGCAUGAACACGGCAAAAGGCACAGUCAGGGGCUACAUAGAGGGGCGGCGCCACGAGAUCGACGUGAUGAAGGAGUGGCUGAAAACCACUGGCAGUCCCGGGUCGAAUGUCGAGAGGGUGAAGUUCAGUAGGAAACGCGAGAAGGAAGGCUAUGGAUUUCCCAAUUUCCAAGUCAGAUGCGAAGGCUAUGAAAAGCCGCCAAUUCAAAUGAAGAAUCCGAUCUCAAAUUCUGGAAUUUCUCGGUAACAUUCGCACAUAGAGAAAAGCAUUGUCUAGGAGAGAUACCGGAAUGAAUCUAAAACAAAAGGCAAAACACAGGCGUGGAACUAUAAUUAAAAUGCACUUGAUUAUGAUGACUGUCGGAGGCUCUUCGCUCGACAGCAACUCAUUAGAGCCGAGCAAAUAACUAUAGUUAAGAAAUAAAAAUAAAAGAUUAACUGC